CCAACUCACUUUCUGCAAUCCUCGACCUGGUACUCUGUUCCUUUUUUUCUAUUCCCUACUCCUUCUGGAUACGUCAUUCUCUGAUCUUUCCAGGGACGAAACAGGACCCAUCUAGGUUCUUUGUUUUCGCCCGGUGUAUUUAUUCCUCCUAAAGCCUAGAGGAGAUGUCACGUACUCAUGGGAAGCAAACAGUGCCGAUCCGUGGCAUCUUUGUUAAAAAAGCCUCACAAAGAGAUUCUCCCACCCGUAGAGGUGCCCGCCAUUGCAACAUGAGAAACUGGAACUGUUUUCCUCUUCAAAAAUUCAGCGUCUCCAAGGUAUCGAAUGCCCCGAAACGGCUCGUAUCGACCCACGUCGGACGUCGUAAGUCGAAAGUCGCAGGCUCACCAAUGGCUGUCAGGAAUUCCCCUGGAUCUGGUGGAGAGCGAAUCCUCCAUGACUUUGUCGACUCCAUCAACACCACCCAGUACCAAAUCCAAGAGGAGAUUUCGAACUCUCUGGCAAACGCAGAGAAAACGCUAGCGAAGCAGCUAACACAAACUGUUACAAAGCACAACAAGAGUGUAGAACUUUCCCGGGUCAUGCGUGCUGUUAUCUUCUCCCCGCUGGAGCCAGAAUCUUUGGACAGGAUAGCUUCUCCAUCUGACAACAAAGAUACAGCCCAUCUCGUCAAUGUUUGCAGUUUAUUAAACCCUACCGAAAAAGCUCUAAAGAGCCAUUGGAAAGCAUGGAACAAAACCCAGCAGAAAAUCGCCUGUUUGGCGGUUGAGAUGCUCGGGGCUGAAUCCGUGACUCUGCCACAUGUUACGAAAGAGGCCAUCGGUUCAAUGACAUUUAAGAAGAGACUCGCCAGCGCGACAAGUGCAUUCGAGAAGCAACAUGCAGUAGAGCUAACUACGCUGGCAGAUGAGCGAAAAUGGAAUGACAAUAUUUCCUAUCUCGCGAGGGAGAUGAAGAGACAGGUUACCGCUCAGGAAAAAAAAUCGCGAGGUGACAAACGGAAGCAGAGGGAGGAAAUCUGCCAACUCGCUAGGAAGUUGAUUGCGAAUCUAUAAUCUUAACUUCUCGACGACGGAACGCACGAUAAUCUGUGGAAAAAAGAAGGAAGGUUUAACGGGGUCCUUGAUUUAUAUCUCUAUGAGUUGUGAUAUUACCUUUAUUACCCAAUACUGUUGCCAGCGCUGUCUCCAUGCUGUUCACAUAUUUUCUUUCGAUGCUUUGUUCCUUUAUUUUUUCAACACUCGAAAUGGCAAAUGCAUGAAUACCCA